AUGUGGAAAUCUUUUCUGCCCCACCUGCUUUGUCUCCUCCAAUUGAAGCUUUGCCUCUCGCAGAGACAAUGCAAGUGGUCUGUGGAUCUCAGUAAAACUCAGGAUCCGGAUGGAGUCUUAAGCAACUACAUUGACCAGGAAGAGAUUCCCAGUGUGGCCGAUUUCUUCAUGGAUCUCAAAGAUUCACCAAUAGAUCCCAAUGACAAAGAUGCACGUUACUAUGGAUUUCCAUACUUCCUGAAAAUAUCUCUAGUUUGCACCUAUCAGAGUGGCGACUUAGCUACUCGGGUGGGCUACUACAGCGGACUGAAUCCCAUUCUGAGGGUCUAUUUUGAACGGCCUGUCAACCCUAUGCGCCAGAAAGUAGAACAACUACAGAUCGAAAUGUUGGCUGCCCCAUUCCGGUUGAACGAUUCAACUUGUGACAGCGAGGAAGUUUGCAAGAUGUUUUGGUUCGCGCCGUUGCCCUUCAUGAACGGCAGUGUUGUGAACCGCGUUUUAGUGAGGACUAAUGGCUUUGGGCUCCCUGUACUCAACAGGAGGCUGAUCAUUAACGUAAAUGGAUUUAUGGCACAAUCCGAGAAAUCAGAAAUAUUCAGGAUUGGAGAAGAGUUGAAGGGCUUGAAGGGUAUCUUUGGGUUGAAGGACCCAUCACGCCCCCUGUGGUUCACUCACCGGCAUGCGCCUGUGCUUAUCCUGGGAGGGAUCCCCGACAAGAAGAUCGUCCUCAUCUCAAAUACGAACUUUGAUACGUUUCACCCCAUAGAGGUCGCCAUUGACAGCUGCUGGAUUGGCUCCCUUUCCUGCCCGCAGGCAAAAUUCUCCUCCUCCAUUGUAGACACCAUCGCUACCGAAAGCACGCUCUUCAUCCGGCAAAACCAACUGGUCUAUUACUUUACAGGGCAUUAUUCACUUUUGCACCUAGAAACCAAAGGAUCUGAGCUGUGGACCCGGAUCUUGAACAACGUCUGCGUGAGGAAGCUGCUUCCUGUCUUUUUCCAUCACAGUAACACCGAAUUCGUGAUCGCCCUCAGUGGUGGUUCCCAGGAAGGGGAAUUCUUCCUUAUAAGCUGCAAAGAUGGGAUUGUGAAGGCGAGUGCCUCCCUAAAAGAAAAGAGGAGGACUGUAUGCUUUCAAAUAUUCCAGCAGGAACACUUUGAACAACUAUAUGAAAUCCCUACCCGUGUCCCUGAGGCCUCUGAUAAAGGGUUUGUGAUGCUCCUGGGCACCGAGGAAUACACAAAUAAAACUCUGAUCCCGCGAGGCCUGGCUUACAACCCCUUCACCAGGAAUUUUUAUGUUUGGGGGAACGUGAUCUUGGUAAGCUACGAUAUGGUGAAUUUCAUCUACCUUUCCAAUUUCCCGAGUGCUUCUCCCAUCAAGGAUUUUGUCCUCUCUUUUAGUGGGCCUUUUGCCGUUAUGACAGAGUCGGAGGAGUUGUGGGUGUCGAAAGAAAACGGCGUCGAGUUUAAAAAGGUUUUCCCUUCAGAUUCCUGGCAUAAGUUGAGUGCUUUCCAAAGGAUGAGCGGGUCCUUAAGAUAUUCCACAACAUCCGAAGAUGCCAUCACCAGCAUGUACUACGAUCCAACUGGCUUGCAAACGCUGAUUUAUGUGAAGGAUGAGCGUGGCACAGAAAAAUUCAUGAAGAGGAAUUUCCCUGUAGAUACUGUCGUGGCCUACGAUCUCUUGAUCAGCACACGUAACAAAAAGAUGACCGUCGACGAGAAAGACUACAUCCGAUUCACCCAUCUCUGCCCCUUCGCUACAUUGCAUGUGUUGGAUGUGCCGCAGCCACAGCUCUACUCCCGAGUGGAGCAUUACUGGGCUACGCCCCCAGAUGUCAUGGAGAAAUCCAGAUUCCAUGAGGCUAAGUCGCUCAACGUCUACCAGGGCCUGGUCUACCAGUUGCUUCAGCUGCAUUCAUCGUAUCACAGACCGUACGCAGACCCCGUCCAUGACCCCACUUGGCGCUGGUGGAAGAACCAGAAAGAAGAGGCCGAAUAUUUUGACUACAAGGCAAGAAACUGGGAAUCAUUGGGAGGGAUCUUCAUCGACAUGCUCAACUACGCCAAAAUUUACAACUUGAUGGCAAAUAACCAUCUGGCCACAGAUCUCUAUCUGGACAAGAAUACAGCCUACUCUUUUAAAGUGUUAAUGACCAUCAGAACAGCGAAAGAGAGCAUGGGAGAAACAGCCGAUGAAAAUUCCCUCGACUACAUCUGGCUGGCUGCUACUAUGGCCCAUCCCCAGUAUGUCAAGGCAGAACUGCAGAGGCAAGAACUCAUCAGCCGAGGCUCGGUGUUAUAUCGGGUAACCAUUAAAGACAUUGGGAAAUACCCAAGGCAGCAACUCAGCGGGCGGCGCCUUCUGAAAAGCUCGGCUACCUUAAAGGUGGUCCAUUCGGAUAUGGCCUGUUAUCGUCAUGGAAGCUUGUCCCCGCACUUGCUGGGUUCUAAAACAUUCUUGAUUCAUAUCGGAUGCCCCCCAGGCAAGAGAUUGGCGUUUGACAUCACUUACACACAGAAUUACACCACGGAGAAGAACAAGCACUACUUUGACUGUGUUGAACCAGAUCCAGAAAUGCCCUGUUUUUUCUUCAGCGAUGUCUUCUACCCGUUCUUCUUGAUCCAAGACAUGGUGACCGGAGACUCGGGGCGGUUCCAGGGCAGCUACCUCUUUACCAUCAUUGGCGGGGGUCCCUUUUCCCAGAGCAACAUCAGAUACUUCACUCCGGAAGAGAUCGUAAAAUACAACACUAACAGGGGAAGCAAUUCGUCAGCUUUGAUCUGGGCGAGAGCCGACGUAGAAGUGGAUGAUACCAAUGAGGAAGGAUUCCCGGUUCUCUCUGAAUCCAACUCUGGAAUUGUGUGGAUUUGUCAGAAAAACUCUCCGUGUUACGAUAUCGUCCCUCAAAGUUUGGCCACUCCCGAUUAUUUCUUUGUGAUCAAAGUAUCCAACAGGGGGGUCGACCAAACCACCUACUGUGACUAUGCCUUGGAGUUCAUCGUUCACAUCCACGGCCUGCGCCUCAGCCCCCACCGUGCCAUGUACAUAAUGAAGAUUUCAUUUGCUGUUAUCAUCGGACUGGUCAUUCUGUAUAUCUUCGUUGACACAGUGGCCCCUUGGGUUAAACGAUUCUGCAACAGGACGUUAAAGAGGAUGGAGGAAGCUAUAGCAUUUCGGGCUGAAUCCAGCCUCACCUUCUCUUCUUCCUUCAGCAGUCAAGGAUCUCUUCGGCACCUGCCUUCUGACAUCAGUUCUGGGGACCCCGCCAAUGUCCCAUCUACCACUCAGGCCCACUCCAAAAGAUUUGCACCCCAUCAUGAGGCACAAUAGAGCAGCCGUGACUUGCCAGAUUCAUCGGGUACUGUGGUUUUCCGGUGCCUGGAUGUGUGUCAUCUUUUGUCUGUGGUAAUGGUCCGAGAAAGAUCCUUUUUCUUUGUUUCUCAAGAUGGAGGGUAUCAGCAAUGGGGAAGACACUUUAAGCACCAGCUGUCUGAUUUUGGGAACAGGGUUGCGUUGUUAGGCUAGUCUUGCAAAAGGCUCGAAAGUCACCUAUGGCCAAUACUACCACACCUAUCAAGAUCAAUUGGCACCCCAAAAGUAGGUAUCUAUCACAGCGUCUGAACCCCUGCCCCCGCGAAAAAGGCCGCCAAAACAUCCU